UCCUUCUUAUCUCACCACGGCGUCACUGCCACUCUGCCGCUCCUACGCUCUCUAGCUUCGGUUCUCUCUCUCUCUCUCUCUUCUUCUACCUCGCGCAUCUUCUGCUUGAAGGUCGUUGACGCCGCCGAGUCCAUUGUUGACAUCCGUUCGAUUCUUUCCUUCUCCCUUCCAUCCUAUUAUUCUCUGAGUGUGAAUUGUCGCCCCUCUUUUAUCGACAAUUCAUCACUGGCCGCUCCUUUACCCUUCCUCACCAAAUCAUUCCCUCCUCGAACGAUUCCAGCCGCGCUGUGACACACUCCUUUGUACAUUGUCGUCCUCGAAACCCACAUCUCGAACCACCAGCGCAGCUCUGCUUGAUACCCUUGAACUUGCCCGGCGACGAUCAAGAAUCCGCCGCAUCAGGGUUGUCAGAACUACUGUCAUCAAAGCCGAGUGCUGUAGACAGUGGACUUAGGAGAGAUGAAAAUGAACUUUCACGACAGGGUGGUGGAGCUGGCCAGGCGUCAAGAUUCCAUCACCGAUGGGGGCACUGUGUAUUCCGUCGUUUAUGUCACAGCAGAGCCAACCUUUACCGGUGUCAUCGGAGGCUAUACCACUCUCACUGGUGACGAUUCUUCUGCCGCCCAGACAACUGCGCAGGAAUCCAGUCCCAGUGCCGCCUCCACGGCUUCUGCUGGUGCCUCUUCUCCCACAACCGGACCGUCCAGUGCUUCAAGUGUUGCACCGACCACAGCGACUCCCCUGGUUGCGCCGACAACCCGAGACAAUGCCUCUGGAACCACUUUCUCCUCAGUGUCAAACACUGACAGCGGCGCAGUAGCGGCGGCCACCGGCACCCCCGAUUCUUCGCCAACUUCGAAUUCUGGCAUGUCAACAGGUGCAAAAGCAGGUAUCGCCAUUGCGGUCAUCGCCAUUGUUGGCCUUAUUGCUGUCUUUUUGCUGUGGCUGCUCGGGAAGAAGAGGCGUGAGCGUGAAGCACAAGCUAUCGGAGACAAUGAGAAACACAAUCCUGCCCCCGGAAUCAGCAGCACUGAGAUGGCAACUAGAAGUCCGCCAAUCAGUUCAACUGCCCCAAGAAUAAGUCUACGGCCUGUUUCUCGAAUGUUGCCCGAGUUCAUGGGGGCGUCUUCUAAGAGCAGACUCAGCGCCGGCAACCUACUCACCACCAUCGGAGAAUCAGGUUCUGCCCCUGCUGCUGGCCCUGCUCGAAAUUUGAGUCCCUCGCCGCAACCGCGCGGCCCCAGCCCAACUCGUCCUCGUGGUCCAAGUCCAACUCGUCCAUCCCAGGAUGACAAUCCGAACAACCCUUUUGCUGAUCCCAAGAAUCCGUUCGCAGACCCCGAGAAACCCACAGAAGGCCCUGGCCCGCUUAGUGCCACAGCACCCAUUAUGAAAGCGGCUCCUGUUGCUCCUAUCAUUGCUGUCACGGGUGGUGCUGCUGCUGCUGCUGCUACAUCUGCCGCCGCGCCCGCUCCAGUCGCCGAGACCAAGGCAACCCCUGCGCCGCGCGAAGGUCAAUCUGCUGCUUCUGCUCCCGAACCGGUUCCAGCUUCCAUCGCAUCUUCGGUAUCAGCUCCAGCUCCCUCGGCGGCACCAGCCACAGAAUCAGUGUCUCUCCCGGCCUCUGCAACCGCUCCGGCUCCUGCCCCGCCUCCUGGCCCUGUUCCCGUUCCCCUUGCGCGGCCUACGUCAAAGCAGAGUUCCUCUGUAGCUUCUUCGGCGCCUGCUUCUCCAGCUCUAUCCUCCGCCACCGGUUCUGGAUCCGAAUCGCCUCAAGGCAAUGUCUACCGAGUUCUUAUGGAUUUCACACCCUCUAUGGAUGACGAACUUGAGUUGAAGAACGGCCAACUGGUUCGUUUACUGCACGAGUACGAUGAUGGAUGGGCGCUCUGCAUCCGACUUGAUCGAUCUCAGCAAGGUGUGGUCCCCCGAACAUGCCUUGCCGCCAAACCGUCCAAGCCUAAGCCAUCUCAUCUUAACCAAUACGCUCGACCGCCACCACCUGGAGGACCGGGCUCUCGCCCUAUGUCUCCUGCUGGUGGUCCCCGAACCGGCGGCGGCCCUCAGCGCCCAAUGAGUCCCGCUGGGAGACCAAUGAGCCCCAACGGAAGAAUGAGCCCGGCUGGAAUGCGGCGACCGAUGAGCCCAGGCUUCAAUCAAGGGCCGAGGUCGAUGUCUCCAGGCCCGAGGAUGGGACCACCAGGUCGAAGCAUGUCGCCUGGACCAUACGGUGUUCGUGGAGGUCCACCACCAAUGGCCGCAGCAAAUCGACCAAGAAGCAACUCUGCCAGCAAUGUCAGGGAGAAGCGCAACUCUCCUGCUGGCCCGUCGAAGCUUGGACCUGGCUCAGGCAUGGCUUUCUAAAAUCACAAUCUUCCAAAUCUCUUUCAGGUUCACAGCUUCUUUAAUGAGGUGACCAUUGCAGAUCCGCUUUGCCAUGGCUUUAAACAUGUACUUUUACGAUGGAGCAUGGUAUCGUCGAUAGCUAUGGCCUUUGCGUGUCCGGACUUGAUCUUUUUGUGCAUUUGACCUUUCCAACUCGAUGUCUUUGUUCAUUUCUGGAACAAAUUGUCGAAGACUUCCUACUAGCAAAGAGGUCUUACUGCUAUUUAGCGGAUAGUGGUUUAGGGGACAGGAGAACAGGCGUCCAGGCGAGCAAGACAAGACACGUCUUAUGCCAGGAGAGAUAGAUAAUACCCACAUGAAUGAACAUUCCUUACGUCUGAGAAUGUGUUGGGUGGUGCAGAGGAAGCCACUGCUAUACAACGCUUUUGUGCCCUUUGAAUGUUUCAGACGUUUUCAUGACCUCCAAGU